CAGCUGCUCCUCCACGCAGCCAUGCCGACUGUCAGUGUGAAGCGGGAUUUGCUUUUCCAAGCGCUGGGAAGGCAUUACAUUAAUUAUAGAUCCCGCUCAGGUUGAAUCAGGAAGGCCCCACUCUGAAUGCAUGUACACACAUGAACAAAAUUCCUGCCACCCAGAUCAAAACUCAAUUCUGCACAUCAAUGAAAAAAAUUAGAGGAAACACUGCGGAUGAAGAAUUUGAUGAACUGUGCUUUGAGUUCGGUUUGGAACUUGAUGAAAUUACUUCUGAGAAGGACAUAAUAAGCAAAGAGCAAGGCGAUGGAAAGGCAGAGGGUGCAUCUGAAAUCAUUAUCUAUAAAAUAGAUGUCCCUGCUAACCGCUAUGACCUCCUUUGUUUGGAAGGUCUAGUUAGAGGUCUUCAGGUCUUUAAAGAGAGAAUACGGAGUCCACGAUACAAACGGAUCAUUCCACCUAAUGGUGAAAUUCAAAGGCUUACAAUCACUGAAGAAACCAGCCAGGUCCGUCCUUAUGCUGUGGCUGCAGUUCUUCGUAACAUAACCUUUGUCAAGGAUCGCUAUGAUAGCUUAAUUGACCUUCAGGAAAAAUUGCAUCAAAACAUUUGCAGGAAAAGAUCAUUAGUAGCAAUUGGUGCCCAUGAUCUAGACACAGUGACUGGACCAUUCACAUAUACGGCUAAACCACCAUCAGAAAUCAAAUUCAAGCCCUUGAACCAGGAUAAGGAGUACAGUGCUUCUGAAAUCAUGGAGCUGUAUAGGACGGAUUGCCACAUUCGGCAUUAUCUACACAUUAUUGAAAAUGAACCACUUUAUCCAGUUAUCUAUGAUAGCAAUGGGGUUGUUCUUUCAAUGCCACCAAUAAUUAAUGGAGACCAUACAAAAAUAAGUCUUAACACAAGAAAUGUGAUCAUUGAAUGUACAGCCACAGAUCUUACCAAGGCAAAAAUUGUCCUCGACAUUCUUGUCACAAUGUUCAGUGAAUACUGUCAGAGGCCAUUCACUGCUGAAGCAGUAGAAGUAACUUAUCCCAAUGGAAAAAGCUAUAUCUUCCCAGAGCUGGCUUACCGGAAGGAAAAAAUAAAACCUGAUAUAAUGAACAAGAAAAUAGGAAUUAGUGAGACUCCAUCAAGUCUUGCAAAGCUGCUCACCAGGAUGUGUUUGAAGUCUCACGUCAUAGCGAAUGGGAACAAUAUAGAAGUUGAAAUCCCUCCCACCAGAGCUGACAUUAUCCAUGCGUGUGAUAUCAUAGAAGAUGCAGCAAUAGCGUAUGGCUAUAAUAACAUUCAGAUGACUAUUCCAAAAACAUACACCAUAGCUAAUCAACUUCCUCUCAAUAAGCUCACAGAACUUCUGAGACCAGAUUUGGCUGCAGCAGGCUUUACUGAAGCGCUCACUUUUGCUCUGUGUUCCCAAGAAGAUAUUGCUGAUAAAUUGGGUGUUGACAUUUCUUCAACAAAAGCAGUGCAUAUAGCAAAUCCAAAAACAGCAGAAUUUCAGGUGGCACGCACAACCCUCUUGCCUGGUCUCCUGAAAACUAUUGCAUCUAAUAGGAAGAUGCCUUUGCCUCUGAAACUCUUUGAAAUUUCUGACAUUGUAGUGAAAGAUCCGACCAAAGAUGUAGGUGCAAGAAACCAUAGGCAUCUCUGUGCGGUUUACUAUAACAAAAAUCCAGGCUUUGAAGUAAUUCAUGGAUUGCUGGAUAGAGUAAUGCAGCUGCUGGAUGUCUCACCAAGUAAAGAGAAUGGAUAUUAUAUUAAAGCAACCGAAGACCCUGCUUUCUUCCCUGGCCGCUGUGCUGAGAUCUUUGCUAAAGGGCAGAGUAUUGGAAACCUAGGCGUUCUCCAUCCUGAUGUUGUCAGCAAAUUUGAGCUCACCAUGCCUUGUUCUGCCCUAGAAAUCACACUUGAACCUUUCCAGUGAAAUCCUGCCAGUAGUAUUCCUCAGUCUACACAGGUUUGCAUCCAGGCCUAUCUCUUAACUAAUCCUAUUAUUGACCCUUGCAAAAAUGUACCUUCACUGCAAUAAGGCUGGUUUUUAGCUUCAUUAAACAACAUGACUUUUCCCGUGCAGUUGAGCUAUCAAUCUGUUAAUAAAGUUAAUAGAAAUUAA